GCUAGUGUCAUUUUAAUUAAAAACCCCCUAAGAAGUCUUUCGGCUUGUAAAAAAUAAGCCAAAAUGAACAGUAACAAUCUGAUUAUUCGAAGUGUUGUUCAGUGCAAAACUCCUUUACUUGAAAUGAAAUCAAUCGAAGAGCCCCCUAGGAAAUGUCAAAAAAUUAUUCACGGUUACGCUCUACCCCAAAUUGCCAUCAAAAGCGAGGAAAAAAAUUCUAGUAAAUCGUAUAAUGAGGUGUUACUCGUAAAUGGAUGUUGGGAUACAUCAAACAGGAUCCCUAAUAUCGUCGCCGAAAUGCAUAAUAUACACAGUGAAGAAAUCAAAGCGCUACAGACCUGUUCGUUUAAUGAAUCGCGCGAUUUCCUCAAUCCUAGUCCCAGGGGAUCGGACAGUGGCAUCGAGUCGGACUGCACCGAUGGAAAUCUUUCAUGGCUUUUGAAUUAUAGAAUUCAUGAAUUGCCGCCGGUGCCAGAUACGUCAACAUCAGAAACUUUAAAUUAUCACAUAUCGAAUACUCCAGACAUAAUAAUAAGAACAGGGAAUUCUAACGAAGUAUUAUCAAGCGAGUUAUCAAGACUAGUCGGUGCAAAAACCCCCCUCCGAGACUCUUAUAGCCCCAAAAACCAGUCAUACCGUUACGCCGGGCCAAAAAAGCCCCCUUUCACCUACACGGAACUCAUCGAGCACGCUUUGAGCGAAAAGGGCGAAUUGACGGUAUCGGGGAUCUACCAAUGGAUAUCAGAGCAUUUUCCCUUCUAUAAACAAAAUGAUGAUCGUUGGAAAAACUCGGUCCGGCAUAAUCUCUCCAUAAAUCCGCAUUUCCGGAAAGGGAGCAAAGCGGUACAUGGAGCGGGUCAUUUAUGGACCAUUGCCCAAAAGGACGAUAAGAAAACAUGGCAAAUUAAGAAACAGAGAAUGCAGCAGUUCAUCCAAGCCACCUAUAAAGAGAAUAGGAGUUCGGAGCAAGAGGUGUUGGAUAUGGAAUUGCAAGCGGCCACUGCGAGUAUUUUGGGAGAAUCGUUCAACGAAUUUGAUCCAAAUGAUGAUAAUGACAGGAAACAAAACAUCGAAGUCGAGUUUAUUAACGUCGUUGAUAUCCAAAACGGACUCGAAGAUUUCCUUUCUCCUCCAGUAUCCAAACAACAGAUCGUUCAAGAAUGUGGUUUGGGUAACGAUUUUUUGAUCACGGAUUUGAAUCCCAACGCUUUGGGCCUAAAUUUAACCGAAGGUGAAGUCAUCAACGAUGGGAGUUUUUACGAUGAUAUUUCAUUCGAAUACUAUGAACUUGAAAAAGAAUAGACUGGCUUAAAUUAGGAUUUUCGGUUAGAAUGUUUUAAGUGUACUUUGCUGUCAGGUUUUGAUAGCGUUUUAUCUAGUCCGUCCAGUGAAUUAAUGAGAUUUAUUGAAAAUAAUUGUAAUUAUUUUUAUACAAUCAUUGCAAUGAUUGAUUCUCUAGCAUGUAUUCUUUCAGAAAUAAAAAAAUAUUCCGUAAUU